ACUAUCCCAGGCCACAACCCACAAACGGCCACCCCUCUCAAUCCCAACUCAGUCUCCACUCUUGGUUCUCCCUCUCACCUCCUACCUCACUCGCCGGUCACCGCCGAACACAACGGCAGCCAACGGAGGUCAUUUCCUUUUGCUGCUUGCCGUCACCGUUGGCUCCUCUGCCUUGUCCCCGCGCCGUCUGUCUCUGCUGAGUCAGCUCGCCUCUGCUUCCUCGCCGUCUUGUCAUCUGUCUCUGCUUCCCUGGGCGUCGCCGUAGUUGAUGGUCUAUCUGCAACCCCAACCCGUCGCCGUCUUCUUGCUUCUACUUCUGCAGUGUGGAUUUUAUAGGGUCAACCGUUGACUCGUCGGUUGAACUAGUAAUCUAGUGACAUAGUACUCCGAACCGGUUCGAUUUUGGUAACUAAGCUUCCGUGUUCCCUUCUCUCUUCUAAUAACGACGCUCACUUCGCAUCUCCAAGGCCUAUUGGGUGUUGGGUGGACUUACAGCAACUUCUGCUCUUUGCUUCCUCAGACUGUUAUUGAUGCAGAAUGGCUACUACUAGGACUCGAGUUAGUAGCUUCUCUCACAAUGUAUCAUCUUUAAAAUCUUCGCAGCAUCCUGGUCUUAAGAAUGGCCCCAAUGGGACAACUUUCAUAUCAUCUGGGAUCUCUGAUCUGGACAAAAUUUUAGGAGGAGGUUUUUCUCUGGGUAGCCUUGUUAUGAUUAUGGAAGAUGCAGAAGCGCCUCAUCAUAUGCUUCUAUUGAGAAAUUUUAUGUCUCAAGGACUUUUGCAUAGACAGCCACUCUUGUAUGCUAGUCCAUCUAAAGAUCCUAGAGCAUUUCUUGGUACUUUGCCGAGUCCAGGGUCAUCCAAAGAUGAUACAUCACACAAACCUAGCCAUGAGAAGGAUCUUAGAAUUGCAUGGCAGUACAAGAAGUACUUUGGUGAGCCUCAGCUAAAUAUCAAUACUAAUAAUGGUGGUCAUCAUGAUUAUUGCAAUGAUCUUGACUUGCGAAAGCCCUUGGAAAGACAUUUUUUCACUAGCAAUAAUGUAGAUUGUGUUAGCAUCCAAAAUUCCCCAAACCUUGAUGCUCUUAAAGAUCGUUGUGCUGAAUUUCUUGCUCAAUUCUCAAGAAAUGAAGGAAGCAUUUCCUCCGCUGGUCGUAUAGCAAUCCAGUCAUUCUGUUCUCCACAGUGCAAGUAUUCAGACAUGGAGUGGCAUAUGCUUUCCUUUAUUCGAUCUUUAAAAGGGAUGGCCCGGUCUUCAAAUGUCGUUGUUGUUGCAACGUUUCCUCCGUCACUUCUAUCGCCAUCAUGUUCAAAAAGAUUGCAACAUAUGGCAGACACUUUGCUUUCUGUCAGGGCAAUUCCAGAUGAGGACAAGGAACUAGCAAAACUCCUCACUGGAUACCAGGACAUGGUUGGGCUGUUAAAUGUACAUAAAGUUGCACGGUUAAAUACACAGGUUCCUGUGAUUCUUGAUGCUACAACAUUCUCAAUAAAAUUGCAAAAACGGAGGUUUUUGGUUUUCGAAUGUUUAAAUCAAGCCCCAGUUGACGGGUCCGGAGGAAGUUCUUAUGGCAAUUCUGGUGUAUGUUCUACAUCAACUAAAGCUGGGCCUCUAGAUUUUUAGGGUUUAAUUAUUCUGUUAGUCCGUAUAGUUUUACUAAAUUUAUAAUUAGGUUCAUAUGAUACGAGUUUUAUGGGACAAACAGAGAAUUGUCAUAUGCCAAUUGGUCCAAUGAAAAGAGCAACAAUUAAGAGAAUAAAAGAAGGUUUUGCAAACAUGGCUAAAUUAUUUGUUUAGAAGAUGCAUCAAGAAUUGAGUAAGACAAUGAUUAACGAUUAUGAAAAAUCAAAUGUCUUACUAUUUACAAGAUGUAUUGAAGACUCUCGUUAUUCAAGAUGAAUUAAAUAUGCAUCAUUUUUAUAGUA